AUGUCAAAUACCGCUCGACCUUUCGUUAUAGCCAUCGUUGGCGCUGGCAUCGGAGGCUUGGCUGCAGCCAUCUCCCUUCGUCGCCUGCCGAAUAUAGAAGUCCACGUGUUUGAGCAGGCUGAAGAAUUGCGCGAGGUCGGUGCAUCGAUUGCCCUUGGCCCCAAUGGCCUUCGCAGUUUAGAGGCAAUAGGGGCUGUCAAUGCGCUUUCGGAUGACGUAGGAUUUAGAAGCGACCAUGGGAUUCCCCACAUCUUCCAACACUGGAAAAGCGGUGAAAUCCUCGUGAAGGAUCUUCACACCGUGACUGUCACACAGCGCAAUCAUCACACAACGCGUUUCUAUCGCCCCCACCUAUUGGAUGCUCUUGCAGAAAAUCUCCCGAAAGAGAUUCUGCACUUUCGCAAGCGAUUGCUCAACGUUGAAGUUCAUCCGGAAGGAGCCUUGUUGAAUUUUGAGGAUGGCGAACGAUUUGAGGCAGACCUCGUUGUUGGGGCGGAUGGAAUCAAGUCCACUGUUCGCAAGAGCUACCUUCCCGAGUUCCAGCUGCAGUUCACAGGACAGGUCUGGCUUCGUGGCGUGUUUCCAGCUUCUCGCUUGGACGACCUAGGCAUUCAAAACAUAAAUAAUUCCGUGCACAUAGUCGGCCCUGAUCGUAGCUUUUUCUCUUCCGCUUUGGGCAAAGGUCUAUUCACCGUUGUCGGUAGCAGGUAUGAGGAUCCAGCGACCACGCCUUGGACCGGCAAGGAGUGGAAUGAUGUUGGGGAAGUACAGCACUUCCGCGACUAUUUCAAGGGCUGGCAUCCCACCAUUCAAGCUAUCGUAGAACGCACCCCGGACAUCCAUGUAUUCCCUGGUUGGAGUAGCGAAGUUGCUCCACCCCCAACGUCUCAAGGACGAAUCGUUCUCAUCGGUGACUCUUUCCACCCUCACGGAGGCGCCUUCGCCGCAGGAGGUAGCUUAGCUAUCGAUGAUGGAAGGGCGCUAUAUCUCGCUCUCUCUCAUACUGAGUCAACGUCGUCGAACGAAGCUCAGCGAGCGGAUCGCAUAUCAAAGGCGUUAGACCUCUACAAGGCGACACGGCUACCACAUAUCGACAAGGUCAUGCUGGCCGUCAAAGCUUCGCGCGCGAACGCCGCUAAACCUGAUCAACCAUGGAGCGAGAAGAAAAUCAGGGAAUGGGCACGGACGAAGAACAGCCAGGCGUGGAUACACGAACAUGAUGUGGUUGGGGCGUUCAACGAGGCUCUUGUAGCAAAGAGACCCGGAAAGCUUAUUUCAGUUAGGCUCUGA